AAGACCACUGUUUUUGUGAAUCCUCAUCGGCCAUGGGAUAUCCCCAAGACAUACCCUACCCGUGGCACCGGAGCUGAGUGCUUCGGGCGAAUCUGCCACGCGGCCACGCAGCCGGGAUGAGACUGAUGGGACAGUGAGAACGAGUUCGCUGGGUGCUGAGGCAAAGAUGCGAUCGUUGACUCAGAAACUCUGAGGGCAGCUGCUCCAUGGCGACGUGGGAAUCGCACGAUGAGGGCAUCAGAUCCUCGGAUGACGCACAGUCCAGCACGCAAGUGCAUCCGAAGCGAAAGAAGAAGCGGAGUAAGGUGAAAGCUCCAGCGUCAGUGAUAUUUGGCAGACAAGAGGAGGCCCUGGAGAGAGACAAGAAUAUCGUACUUCCCGAAGGGCCAGAUGAGGCCGUCCUGACACAAAAGGACAUCUUACUUGAGGCAUGGGAAGCUGCCCGCAACGCCCAACAUGUCUCAGCACUUCAAUGGUUUGAUCAAGUGAAUGCCAACGCCGAUGAGGAGUUGCAGGGAAUGUCUGCCCUGCAUUGGGCACUUCAAGAAUGCUCCUCAGCAAUACCCUUCCUCCUGGAAAGCAAAGCAGCCGUGAACGCCUUCAAUUCCGAGGGCAUGACCCCCUUGCAUCAGGCUGUGGGUCUCCAUGGACCCGAACAAGUGGAAGUGGUCAAGCUGCUUUUGGAAGCAGAUGCUGAUGCCAAUUUAGCCGCCAAGGUGAGGGAGCCCCAAAAUCCCCAUGAACCCACUCCAAGCCCUCUUCAAUUGGCGAUGAAGGAAUCCAAUCUUCGUGCCCUACAAGCUUUCUGUGAAGCCGGCAAAGCCAACAAAGAGCUAAUGCAGUUUCUGAUCAGGGCCGAAGGGCCGGAUGCUGUGGAGGCUCUACAGUCCUGGAAGAAGAAGGCCAGGAUCCAGCACAGCUCCCGCAGGGGCACUUUAAGACGCAAAUCCGUCGCGCUGGGCGAACGGCGCGCCCAUCUGCGAGAGCGCCUGCGAACGGUUUUGGCAGCUCCAAGUCGAAAAGGCGAGCUUGAUGCGGCGCAAGAAUAUGCCACGCUGGAGACUCAGAACCUCUACCAUACCCCAGCUGUUCAGGUAGAUCUCUACUUCUUGCCUGGGCUCAAUGCCAGCGAUGCUUACGAACGCGAGAUGCUCAAGGCGAUGACGGAGACGAUGAAUGAAGGCAUUUUUCAAACAGAAGUGGUUGAGGCUGUGGUUUCAGCAGCCUGGAUGCAACUGCGGGCAUCUACAGCAUGGGAGAUUGUGUCCAACCUGCUGAAUGUGGCCUUGCUGUGCUACACCUCGUUUAGCUUUCGCAGUGGUCAGCAACAUUCCUCUGUAUCACUCAUGCUUGUCGCCCUGCUACAUGGCAAGAAAACUUUGGAGGAGCUUUGCCAGUACAUCAGCUUGUUUUGCAUGCAGCGCAUACACAUUCUUGACUUUGACAACCUGGCAGAUGUCGCUUACAUCACCAUUGGAUGGUGUGCCAUCUUGAGACAAGCCUCAGCUUCCGGUCUAGAAAAGCCAUUCAUGGGCUUGUUCAGUGCAUUAGCCUGGCUGCGUGCUUUAUAUACCUUCCGUGGAGAAACCUGGAUGGGUCCACGACUGUUGCCCAUCCUUUCAGCAAUUAAAGACACAAAGGCAUUCUUUGUGGUCACUGGCACUUGCCUCCUUGCAGCCACACAUUGUUACUACAACCUUCAAAUGAGGGGUGAACCAACGCCGAGCUAUGCCGCAUUCUUGCAGGUCAUACGCUUGGGCAUCUUUGGUGACUUCGAUCUUCACGAAUUUGAAGGUUUGGACACCACAUACCAGAUGAACGACGAGAAUCACCACUGGGAGCCACAGGAUCCGGAUCCUGGACCAGACUAUGUCUGGGCACACGCCCUUUUCUAUUGCAUCGGGGUGGGAAUCUUCCUCCUUCUGAUGAAUCUCUUCGUUGGCGUCUUGAGUCAGAACUUCGAGCUCUAUGAAGAUCAGAGUGCCGUUCUCUUCUACCGCGCGCGGGCUAAGAUGCUGCUGGAGCUGCAAGCAAGACCGUGGAAAUACCUCAUCUUCUCCCUCUUCAGCGCCAAGAUCGAGGCUUCCGACGACUCUGAGGCUCAGGGAGAGAAGAGCAUGAUGCGGACUCUGCUUCAAUUCUCCUGGUGGCCUUUGGCUCCUUUUUGGAUCGCCGCCUUUGGAAAAGAGCCGGACCAUGGAGGGUUGGAGCGAGAAGCUUUGGCCAACCACGUAGUUUGCCUCAUGACCCAGUACCGCUGCGGCUCUGUCCUUCUUCUCAUCUUCCUCCCAGUGUCCUUUGCCCUGUCCGCCAUCCUCGCAGUGCUUUUUCUGCUUGGCCGCUGCGUCUUCCAAUGUCAGCUUCCCGGACUGUUCUACACGGUGGCGGUGGCGCUCGGCUUUUGUGGACCUGGAGGCACCGCCACCGCGCAGCAGUCUUGGAUUUGGGUGGUCCUCCGGCCCGAGGCGCCCGUGGAGGAUCUGAGGAGUGUGCGAUCCGAGGUGAAGAACAGCUUACUGAAAGUUCAAGACCGUUUCGAGAAGAAAAUCAAUGAGCUGAGUUCGGCACAGGAGGAGCACAAGGACCUGCUGCACCGAAUGGAAGACACAUUGCUCAAGCUACAAGGCAUGCAGACGGACCGGCAGGGGCAGCUGAAUGGAAUGGAGCACAAACUGCAGGGAGUGGAAGACACACUACAGGGAAUGGAGACGAAGCUUGAACAGUUGACCACUUUGGUUGAGACGUUGGUGCAACAUCCACGUGACUGAUAAGGUUCUGCGACAGAGGUGAAGCGGUCGACAGAAGUUGGACGAAAAGCGGUCUUCGACAGUUCUGGGCAUCGGAAAGACUUCGGUCUCCAAGAAGGGACGAACAGUUUGAUGGAGUGCGGUGGCAGGGGGAGAUGAGCGUCAUUGGUCGAUGUGGAGGCGAUGGCCGGAAGCCGGGUUGCGAAGACCGGGACACAUGUCGACCAGGGCGGAAAAACCGCGGCGGAGGGCCUUUUUGGUCGAACGGAUGGAGUGACCUAUGAGUGGCAGUGCAGUGAACUGCUCAAGUCGAGUUGAAAUCGAUUGGCCAAUGCACUGACUUUGCAUGUGGUGGGUGAACCGGAUGGGCUGUUGGAGCU